GAAGACAGUAGAAUAGGUGUUGAAGACACCUUCCAAGAAACUUGGUUCCAGCUACCAAACGGUUGAGAGAAAUCACCAGAGCUCAUCCCUGGGAGGUCAGGGCGGCAGGGGAGCAUAAAAGACACUGCAACGUGCAGUUUGGAAUUGGGAACCAUGACCUGCUAGUAAUGGAAAGUCGGAAAAGAGACUUCACUGUCUUUUUGUUAUCUGAGGUUUGAAAGUCCUGGAGGAUGACCUAGCACUUAAGAAUCAACUGUGGCCCAGUUGAAGGCCAAGUGAGAGCAAGUUGACUUGAAAGACGCCAAGUGGUGGGAUCAGCUCAAAAGUAAAACAAAUCCCAAACUGAGAGAGUACCUGGUGAGACUUUUUUGUUUUUAUUAACAAUAUAUUGAGUUAUUGGAGCCAGGCACUGGAUUUUGUAGGACCCUCCUUGGCUGGAAACAGUUCAUAGUGUUUUUUUUUAAUUAAUAUUUGUACAAUCUUCUGGAUAACUUUUAUUUCAAGAAGGAGUAAAAGGGAGUAUUGAAAAUUAAAGAAGCGGAUUCAAAUUUUGAGCACUUAAAGAAAACAGGUUGAAGAACUUAAAUCCAGGAUGGAUGUGCAGGAGCUGCAGGAGUUGAGUAUGUUUGCAGAGAGUGAACUGAUGUCUGUGGGGAUGGACACAUUCAUCCAUCGCAUUGACUCCACGGAAGUCAUCUACCAGCCCCGACGCAAAAGGGCCAAGCUCAUUGGCAAAUACCUGAUGGGGGACUUACUUGGAGAAGGGUCUUAUGGCAAAGUCAAGGAGAUGUUGGACUCUGAAACCCUCUGUCGGAGAGCUGUCAAAAUCCUGAAGAAGAAGAAACUACGCAGGAUCCCUAAUGGGGAGGCAAAUGUUAAAAAGGAAAUUCAGCUCCUGCGACGACUACGACACAAAAAUGUCAUCCAGCUGGUAGAUGUAUUGUAUAAUGAAGAGAAGCAGAAAAUGUAUAUGGUGAUGGAGUAUUGCGUGUGCGGCAUGCAGGAGAUGCUCGACAGCGUCCCAGAGAAGAGGUUUCCAGUCUUUCAGGCUCACGGGUACUUUUGCCAGCUCAUAGAUGGCUUGGAAUACUUGCAUAGCCAAGGGAUUGUCCACAAGGAUAUAAAGCCGGGGAACCUCCUGCUAACAACCAAUGGGACACUAAAAAUAUCCGAUUUAGGAGUCGCAGAGGCAUUGCAUCCGUUUGCAGAGGACGAUACAUGCAGAACGAGCCAAGGGUCGCCAGCAUUCCAGCCGCCAGAAAUUGCCAAUGGCCUGGAUACCUUUUCAGGCUUCAAAGUGGACAUCUGGUCAGCAGGGGUCACGCUAUACAACAUUACAACGGGUCUUUAUCCCUUUGAGGGGGAUAAUAUCUAUAAGCUAUUUGAAAACAUCGGGAAAGGGGACUACACAAUUCCUGAGGAUUGUGGUCCUCCGCUCUCCGACCUGCUUAGAGGGAUGCUUGAAUAUGACCCAGCCAAGAGAUUUUCAAUACAACAGAUAAGGCAGCACAACUGGUUUCGUAAGAAACACGCUCAGGCAGAGGCCCUGGUCCCCAUCCCUCCCAGCCCAGAGACAAAGGACAGGUGGAGGAGCAUGACGGUGGUGCCUUAUCUGGAAGAUCUCCAUGGCUACAAUGAGGAAGAGGAUGAUGACUUGUAUGACAUUGAAGAUGAGAUCAUCUACACUCAGGACUUCACAGUACCAGGUUCAGAGGAAGACGCUAAGGCAGGGCUUAGAGAGGCCAGAGCAGAGCAGAUGGGGGAUCUUGCUGAGCCACGCGCAGAGGAAGCCGAGCUGCCCGCGGACGGGAGCAUUGAAGAGGAAUUCCAAGUGUAGCCUAGUUUGCUGCCGCAGACCAGAUAGUUUGUGUGUCCUGCUCGAACUCUAGUGCUGGCUUAGAAUGGCCUGCGCCCCAGCAGGACCGUCCCCCGACUUCAAAAAAGCCGUACCCCUGUUCCAGGAGGGAGGCUGCCCCUUUGUUACACCCCGAUUCCCCGUCAGGUCUCCACGCCCCCGCAGACCUAGCAUGGAAGGCCCCAUGCGCCUUGCUGAGACUGGUGCCUAUGCCAGCCAGCUGCCUUGCUCCCGCUCAGCUCGGUCGCGGCUGGGAACCCUGCAGUUGUCUGGUUUGAGUUUUGAUUUGUAUUACAGAAGCUUUUUUAAAAGCACGUUUUUUGGGAGCCGAACGGUGGAAGGUUUGCUUAGCCCAGGUGUCUCGUGCUGCAUUGGUUGCUCUUUCCUGGGCCUCGGGUCAAAGGCACUGUGGCUUGGCUUGCCCUGUGCAUGGGACCGCCAGGGACAGGCAGUCUGCCUCAGUGUGCCUGCCGGAAGCUGGCUUGAUCCAAGUUUGGGUUCGUGACUAGGAAGAUCCGGUGCGCUUUGUCCCUUGGGUUGGGAUUAGUCCCUCCAAGGGGUGCUCAGUCCCCCAGGACAUCAGCUGUGAGGGGGCAGCCAGCUG